CCAAUGGGAGGGUGCAGCGCGCGCGGGCCGCUUAAAGCGUUAGGGCGCGUUAGGGCGGCGGUGCAGCCAUUGGGAGCCAUGGGGGAGAACAAGGCCGAGAUCAAGGACACGGACAUGACGGACGAGAUGCAGAAGCAGGCGGUGCAGUGCGCGCUGCAGGCCCUGGAGCAGCACAGCCCCGAGUGCAACGUUGCCGCUAAUAUAAAGAGGGAGUUCGACAGGCGGUACAGCCCCACGUGGCACUGCGUGGUGGGGAGGAACUUCUCCAGCUGCGUGACACACGAGACCAACCACUUCAUCUUCGCGUACCUGGGCCACGUCGCUCUGCUGCUCUUCAAGUCCUCCUAGAGCUGCGUCCAGCCCCGUCCCUCCAUGGUGCAGCAGCUCUCACACGUGCCAGCUGAGCACACUGGGUGCGGCCAUUGCUGCAUGGCGUGAUGUUCUUGUUGUUCCUGGGGCAAACACACAAAGCAGCCCGUCGCUGUGUUCUCCUCCUUCCCUCAGCCGCUGCUCUCCCCAUAAAGUCGUUGUUCCUCUCAAA